CUGAACUCAUAUUUGCGUCAUAGGCUUCUCAAGAGGCAUAUAAGCCGGGAUGAGUUUACUCUUCUCAAAAAUACAUUAUGUCUAACCCGACGAACACGAAUACGAAUACGAACCCCACCACGAAUACCUCUGGCGGUGCCGGCUCAGGAGUUGGUGGCAAGAUCAAGGGUGCCUUCCAGGUUGCUCAAGGCGUCGGCGAGAGCCUCCGCGGCACUGUCCUCGGCGCUGCCGACUCGUCCAUGGGACACGGCGACGCCCAGGCGAGGAACAGCGACAUUGCGGCCAAGGGCCAGUCCCAGUACGCCGAGGGCAUGAAUCGCAUACGCGGCACCGGCGCCAGCCAACAGCCCGCCAACACGGGCACCACUGGUUCAACCUAUAACCCUCCGGCGAACCCCACCAACUCCACCAACGCCUUCAACUCGUCGACUGCGGACCCGAACGCUGGCUUCAACAGCGCAGGCGUGGGUCAGGGUGCCGGUUACGGGCACGGUACGGGCAACGUAGGUGCGGCGGGUGCGGGUCCAGCAGGCGACAGUACGGGCACGGGCGUCAACACCGGCGCUGGCGUGAGCGGCACGGGCACGGGUCCAGCUGCGCAGACGAUGGCAAGUACGGGUGUUAACCCCGCUCAGCAGGGUGGGACGGGAUAUGGCGAUGCCUCGAACGCAGGAAGGUACCCCGCCGAGCAGCAGAACUUUGACAAGAGCUCGCGCGACCCUUCGACGAUCUGAGCGUGUGAUGGUAGACGUGCAUAACAUUUGUAGCGAUAUUAUAACCCAAGUGUAAUCCUAGACGAAUAAUACCUCUCGUAUGUAGACU